GGUUAGAUCGGAAGAGAGAAGCUGGAAGAGAGAAACCCCAAAAACACAAGAUCUUCAUUCGAAACGACCCUUCGAAGGUACGACAAGACAAGCUAAAAAAAUGAUUGCAGCUCAAGACAUAGCGAUCGGCAUCAAGCUGGGCACCACCUAUUCCUCUGUGGGGAUUUUCCAGCACGGGAAAGUAGAAAUCUUUCCCAACGACCAGGGCAGCAUGACCACCCCCAGCUUCUGCCCCGAGGAGAUCUACAUGGUCCUGGGGAAGAUGAAGGAGAUUGCAGAGGCCUACCUGGGACAAAAGGUGUCCAAUGCUGUCAUCACGGUCCCAACGUACUUCAGUGACCUCCAGCGACAGGCCACUAAAAACGCGGGUGUCAUCGCGGGACUCAAUGUCCUAAACAUUAUUAACGAGCCCACGGCGGCUGCCAUCGCUUAUGGUCUGGAAAAAGGCAAUUCAGAGGAGAGGAACGUCCUGAUAUUUGACCUGGGUGGGGGCACCUUCAACGUGUCCAUCCUCACCAUCAAAGACCACGCCUUUAAGGUCAAGUCUACGGCCAGCAACUACCAACUGGGUGGAAAGGACUUUGACACUCACAUGGUGAAACACUUUGUGGAUGAGCUCAAAAAGAAGCACACAAAGGACAUCAGCCAGAACAAGACAGCCUUGAUGAGGCUACGCACAGCUUGUGAGAGGGCCAAGAGGGAACUGUCCUCCAGCUCCCAGGCCAGCAUUGAGCUCGACUCUCUGUUUGAGGGCAUCGACUUCUACAGCUCCCUCACCAGGGCUCGCUUUGAGAAGCUGUGCUCCGACCUGUUCAGGGGAACCUUGGAGCUAGUAGAGAAAUCCCUGAGGGAUGCCAAACUAGACAAGGAGCAAAUCCAUGACGUCAUCCUGGUGGGAGGCUCCACCCGAAUUCCCAAAAUCCAGAAGCUGCUUCAAGACUUCUUCAACGGCCAAGAGCUGAAUAAGAGUAUCGACCCGGACAAGGUUGUGGUUCAUGGUGCUGCCAUCCUCUCGAGCGACACCUCUGACAACGUUCAGGACCUGGUGCUGGUGGAAGUGGUGCCUCUGUCCCUGGGUAUCAAGACGGCCGGAGGUGUCAUGACGGCCCUGGUCAAACGCAACACCACCAUCCCCACCAAGCAGACCCAGACUUUCACCACCUGCUCCAACAACCAGCCUGGCAUUGCAAUUGAGGUCUACGAAGGAGAGAGAGCCAUGACCAAGGACAACAACCUGCUGGACACGUUUGAGCUGACGGGGAUCCCGCCUGCACCACAAGGCGUCGCACAGAUCGAGGUCACCUUUGACAUCGACGCCAACGGCAUUUUGAACGUGUCUGCGGUGGACAAGAGCACGGGCAAAGAGAACAAGAUCACCAUCACCAAUGAUAAGGGCCGACUGAACAAAGAAAAGAUCGAGAGGAUGGUGCAGGACGCAGAGAAAUACAAAGCCGAGGAUGACCUUCAGAGGGACAAAAUCGCAGCCAAGAACUCCCUGGAGUCCUACGCCUUUACCAUGAAGAGCAGCGUGCAGGACGACAACCUGAAGGACAAAAUCAGCGAGGAGGACAAGAAAAAUGUGGUGGAGAAGUGUGACGAGGUCUUCGCUUGGCUGGAGAACAACCAGCUGGUUGAUAAGGAGGAGUACCACCACAAGCAGAAAGAGCUGGAGAAAGUGUGCAACCCCAUUAUCAGCAAAAAAACCAAAAAGCUCA